GAGAGGGAGGGAAGCGACAACGAGAAACCAUCUAUCCUGAGGCCCAUGGAUAUGAGGCUGCAGUGGAAGCCUGCUCGUCUCGAGGGCUCUGCUCCUCUCCCAUCCCACUCCACGCCCGCUCCAAUGGCCACCUCCUCCAUCCUCCCGCUCCACCUCCCGUCCUGCACAAGGCGGGCCACCGUGCGCGCAUCCUCGUCCGCCGCCGUGGCGUCGUCCGCGGCCCCGGCGACCCCGCAGUCCCUGGAGGAGUCGUUCGGCCGGAAGGGCCUCAAGUUCAGCGCUGACCCCGCGGGGGGCGCCCCCACGGCAGAGCUGAGCGUGCGGAACGGCAGCUCGCUGCAGCUCCGGCUGGGCGACGGCCUGGUCACGUCGUACAGGCCCAAGGUGUACUGGAAGGACGACGGGUGCAGGGAGGUGCUGCACACGGUGGCCGACCCCGACCCCGGCAAGGUGAAGGGCGGCGUCGGGCUCGUGCUCAACGAGGUGUCCUCGUCGGGGGCCGCCCAGUCGCUUCUCGCCGGGUCGGAGUGGACCGUCAAGGAUGCAGACUCCGACUCCUACGAUGCGGUGCAGGUUGAGCUUGGGUGUGCCAAGGGCAAGCUGGAUAUCUCGUACGUGGUGACCCUGUACCCGCUGAGCAUGGCGACGGCGGUGAUCGUCCGGAACACCAGCAGCAAGCCGGUGGAGCUGACGAGCGCGGUGCUGAGCCACAUCAAGUUCGACAAGCGGCGCGGCACGGCCGUGGAGGGCCUCCGGGGCUGCCCCUACUGCUCCCACCCGCCGCCGGCCUCCGGGUUCAGCAUCCUCUCCCCGGCCGAGGCCAUGAAGCGGGAGGACCCCGGCUGGCUCUCCUUCGGCGGCGAGGAGGAGCCCCGGCAGGGCGUCUGGACCGUCGAGGAGAACCUCUACACCACGCUCAAGAAGAAGGUGAGCCGGGUGUACGCCGCGCCGCCGGAGGAGAGGAAGAAGCGCAUCUACAGCACCCCGCCGUCCAGGUUCACCACCAUCGAUCAGUAUAGCGGGCUCGGUUUCAGGCUAGUGAGGAUGGGGUUCGAGGACAUGUACCUGUGCAGCCCGGGGGCCAUGUACGAGAGGUUCGGCACGGACUACUUCCUGUGCACGGGGCCGGCGUCCAUGCUGGUACCCGUGGUCGUCAACCCUGGAGAGGAGUGGAGGGCGGCGCAGGUCAUCGAGCACGACAACUUAUAACUUUUCUUGGGUUUUCUGCUGAACAGAAUUGCAGAAUCGAUUGGUUCGUGGACAUUCUCGUAUACAUGCUCUGAUGGGUCUUGGUCUCCUGUAAUUGCCCGGUGCCAAUGAGAUAAAUAUACAGGAAUAAUUCUUUCA